ACACGUGUAAAUAUAGUUUUAUAGUCUAUAGUGUCAUAAUAGCAACAAAGCCGAGUGAAAUAGAAACUGUUUGUCAACAAAAGAUCAAUGUUCUCCAAAUAAAAAAUAAGUGUAUUAAAAAAUAAUAAACUAACAGUUUUACUGCAAGUAAAAAGGAGUAUUAAAAUAAUUAAUGUAAUUAAUUAUGAGUCAGACAAGCAAUAAAUCAAAAAUGACAGUCACCCGGGAUAGUGAAAACUCGUCAGAUAAAUUGUUAAAAAAUAAAAAUGAUAAUGAGUUACUGAAUGACGACCAACAAAAUCCUGCUUCGUAUCAAAUCAGUCCUCAGCUUGCUGACAAAUUUAAACCGCAGUUAGUAAAAGAAAUAAUUUAUAAUGUGCUGCAUGAUCAAUUGUCAUCAAAAGUGUACAAUGUUCAAGAUGCCAAUAAAUGGGGCAAGGAAAUUUCUGAUAUUAUUAAAAAUAAAGUCAAAGAAUUAAAUUUUCGACAAUACAAGUACAUUGUAAAUGUAGUUUUGGGUGAACAGAGAGGAGCUGGAGUUAAAAUAGGAACCAGAUGUUUAUGGGACGCAGAAGCUGAUGAUUAUGCCCAUGGAAAUUUUCUCAAUGAAACGAUAUUUUGUGUUGCAUGUGUCUACGCCGUAUUUUUUUACUAGCAAUUUUAUUUAUUCUUAGAGUAUAAAUGUGUAUGUUUUAAUGUAUGUCAGUGCUUUUAAUUAUGUUAAAAAAAGAUUAAUUUAAGU